AUCGAGCCCAGAAACAAAAAUUAAUGUGAAAGUGAGAGAGGAGUUUGAUGUUUUAAGCAAGGAAUCCAAGUGAGGAUGUUGAAUUGAUCGUGUUCGUGGAGGACAUAAUGGAAACCGGAGGCAGAAAACUGAAAAGCAGAGAAACGAUGGCCUUUGAAUCGGUGACGCAGUCAGCACCUCCUCCGAGAUCAAGAGGAAGAAUCACCUUGCUCGAAAACCCCAAAACACCCUUCGCCCUUGCUCUUCUCUUUGCCGACGCCGUCCUCGUCUCUCUCAUAAUCGCAUUCGUCCCCUAUACGAAGAUAGAUUGGGACGCUUACAUGUCACAGGUUACCGGGUUUCUCGGUGGAGAACGAGAUUACCGCAACCUCAAGGGUGACACUGGUCCUCUCGUCUACCCUGCUGGCUUUCUCUACAUUUACUCUGCUUUCCAGUAUCUUACCGAAGGACAAGUUUACCCUGCUCAGAUUUUGUUCGGAGUGUUGUAUAUCGUUAACUUGGCAAUCGUUCUCGCCGUCUAUGUCAAAACCGAUGUGGUUCCGUGGUGGGCACUUUGCUUGCUUUCUCUGUCGAAAAGAGUGCAUUCUAUCUUCGUGCUUCGUUUAUUUAAUGACUGUGUGGCCAUGACACUUUUUCAUGCUGCAUUGCUCUUACUCGUGCACCGAAGGUGGAAUCUUGGGUUGAUUUUGUUUAGUGGAGCUGUUUCGGUGAAGAUGAAUGUGCUUCUUUAUGCUCCUCCUUUGCUGCUUCUCAUGCUGAAGGCUAUGGACAUCAGUGGCGUGUUAUUGGCAUUAUCUGGUGCAGCACUGGUUCAGAUAUUACUGGGACUUCCUUUCCUGGUUUCAUACCCAGUUACAUACAUAUCAAGAGCCUUCAACCUUGGCCGUGUCUUCAUCCAUUUCUGGUCUGUUAACUUCAAAUUCAUCCCUGAACCAGUAUUUGUGUCCAAGGGAUUUGCAAUCUUUUUGUUGGCUGCUCACCUCAUAUCACUUGCUUCAUUUGCGCAUUAUAGCUGGUGCAAACAUGAAGGAGGGCUUUGCAACUUCCUGCAUUCCAGAUAUGUCUUUAUGAGAAUGAAGUUUGCACUUUUCUUCUCUUCCUCUUUUUCUAAGGUCGGCAAGAGCAGUUCAUCAUCCCUCAAGAUCCUUAAUAAAGAACAUAUUGUGACAACUAUGUUUGUUGGGAACUUCAUUGGCAUUGUAUGUGCUCGGUCGUUGCAUUAUCAGUUCUAUUUGUGGUACUUCUAUAGCUUGCCCUACUUGUUGUGGAGAACGAAUUACCCUACAUUGCUGCGUUUGAUUUUGUUCGUGGGAGUGGAGCUGUGCUGGAAUAUCUAUCCUUCGAACAGCCUUUCUUCAGCGUUACUUCUUUGUCUUCACACAAUUAUUCUCUGGGGUUUGUGGUCUGCUCCACCUGAGUAUCCUUAUGAAGAAAAUAAACCAUCCUCUCACAAAAACAAAUAGAAGUUCAAAUUUCAAAGGUUGCUCUCCUAUUUUGUGGAGGAAAAAGGAUGACUUGGACAAAUGAGUUUUGAUUUUCCCCUUAUCACUCCUUUCCCUUUGAUGUAGAUGUUUGUGAUGUAUCUUGGAGCAAGCCUAAGGACUUGGAUGUAAAACAGAAUAUAGGAGCGACAAUUCUUUAGAUAUUUUGAUUUUUUUUUUUUCACUUCCAUCGUUAACUUUGAAAAUUUUGCACUUAGUAAUUAAGUGAUGAGUGCAUCUUAAAAGGAAUUAUUGACAUUUAGUAGAAUAAAUGAAUUGGUAUCGAGGGAAAAAAAAUCUGUUGAUA